UUUCUAUAGAGACACUUCCUGUGGCAGAGAAAAGAGGUAGUGAGCGGUGUUUCAGGAUGUGAGGGCCCGCAGGAGCCGAGUCGGGCUCUCUCUGCCGCCUGCCCGCCACCGUGCAAGCUCUGGCCGGCGCUGCCCACAGUCCCCAUGGUGGGCAGCCCCCGCGGCAGGGACCCGUGAUCUGCAGCGGCAUGCCAGGGAAGCCCAAGCACCUGGGCGUCCCCAACGGGCGCAUGGUUAUGGCUGUGUCAGAUGGAGAGCUGAGCAGCACGACAGGGCCCCAGGGCCAGGGCGAGGGCCGCGGCAGCUCCCUCAGCAUCCACAGCCUCCCCAGUGGUCCUAGCAGCCCCUUCCCAACCGAGGAGCAGCCUGUGGCCAGCUGGGCCCUGUCCUUCGAGCGGCUGCUGCAGGACCCGCUGGGCCUGGCUUACUUCACUGAGUUCCUGAAGAAGGAGUUCAGCGCGGAAAACGUGACUUUCUGGAAGGCCUGCGAGCGCUUCCAACAGAUCCCCGCCAGCGAUACCCAGCAGCUAGCGCAGGAGGCGCGCAACAUCUACCAGGAGUUCCUGUCCAGCCAGGCGCUGAGCCCAGUGAACAUCGACCGUCAGGCCUGGCUUGGCGAGGAGGUGCUGGCCGAGCCCCGGCCGGACAUGUUUCGGGCACAGCAGCUUCAGAUCUUCAACUUGAUGAAGUUCGACAGCUAUGCGCGCUUCGUCAAGUCCCAGCUGUACCGCGAGUGCCUGCUAGCCGAGGCCGAGGGGCGCCCUCUGCGGGAACCUGGCUCCUCGCGCUUCGGCAGCCCUGACGCCACUAGGAAGAAGCCGAAGCUGAAGCCCGGGAAGUCGCUGCCGCUGGGUGUGGAGGAGUUGGGGCAGCCAACCGUUGAGGGUCCUGGGGGCCGCCCUCUCCGCAAGUCCUUCCGCAGGGAGCUGGGCGGGACUGCAAACGCCGCCUUGCGCCGGGAGUCUCAGGGCUCCCUCAACUCCUCCGCUAGCCUGGACCUUGGCUUCCUAGCGUUCGUCAGCAGCAAAUCUGAGAGCCACCGGAAGAGCCUUGGGAGCACCGAGGGUGAAAGUGAAAGCCGGCCAGGGAAGUACUGCUGUGUGUACCUGCCUGACGGCACAGCCUCCUUGGCCCUGGCCAGACCUGGCCUCACCAUCCGAGAUAUGCUGGCAGGGAUCUGUGAGAAACGAGGCCUCUCUCUGCCUGACAUCAAGGUCUACCUGGUGGGCAAUGAACAGAAGCCCCUGGUCCUGGAUCAGGACUGCACCGUGCUGGCGGAUCGGGAAGUGCGGCUGGAAAACAGGAUCACCUUCGAGCUGGAGCUGACGGCACUGGAUCGCGUGGUACGAAUCUCAGCCAAGCCCACCAAGCGGCUGCAGGAGGCGCUGCAACCCAUUCUGGAGAAGCACGACUUGAGCCCGCUACAGGUGGCGCUGCACCUUCCAGGCGAGAAGCAGCCUCUGGAUCUGGGGAAGCUUGUGAGCUCAGUGGCGGCCCAGAGACUGGUUUUGGACACUCUUCCAGGUGUGAAGAUCUCCAAAGCCCGUGACAAAUCUCCCUGCCGCAGCCAGGUGAGCGAAAGGCGGGUGGCCUCUUCCACCCUCUGCUUCUCCCCUCCCAAUUUUGACUCUGACCCCACAUUCUCGCAGGGCUGUCCACCUCGAACCCAGGACAAGGCCACCCAUCCCCCUCCAGCGUCUCCCAGUUCUCUGGUGAAGGCGCCCAGUAGUGCCACUGGAAAGCGGCAGACCUGUGACAUCGAAGGCCUGGUGGAGCUGCUGAACCGGGUACAGAGCAGCGGGGCCCACGACCAGAGGGGUCUUCUGAGGAAAGAGGACCUGAUACUUCCAGAAUUUCUGCAGCUGCCUACCCAAGGGCCCAGCUCCCAGGAGACCCCACCACAGACUGAAUCAGCAGCCCAGCCCAUCGGGGGAUCCUUGAACGCCACCACUGACUCAGCCCUCUGACAGCUACGCAACAGUCCAGGACAGCUGCAUGGCACCCGGCGGGCCGAGCAUGCCAUGGGUCCGCUCUGCAUGCCCUGUCUGUGCCAUGAGUGUCCCUGGCCCCUUCCUGCCAUGGGCAGGCCCGCAGGAAGAGCCGGUAGGGGUGGAAAGGGGACUCAGAUGAGACACACCCCACAGCCACCACCGCCUUGUCCCUCAACAAGCUCAGCCCCAGUCCCUUGCAGCCAGACCACAGUGGGGGAGGUGAGUCUAGCCCCUUGGAACAGGCUUGCCCAACACGGAGGGAUGGCGUUGGCAGUGCCAGCCUCCCCAGCCUGUGCCAAGUUUCAACAGGGGCAGGAGGAGGGGCCGGCCCCUCCUCAGGGAGCUGGUAUGAGUAAGGCCUGAGGGUGCAGGCGGGCAGUCCUGUACCCCACCCACAUAGACUAUACUGUCCAUACAGAUUUUGCAGUAGGCUUGGGGCAGCUGGGUUUGUCCUUGAUGUAUGAUACAGUUAUAAUAAUUAUUAUUAUUCUGCCA